AUGGCAUUUGUGAUAGACUUGAAAACGCAGUCGUCGUCAGAAGAAAUUCACUCAUUUGAUACCCAUAUUGAUAUGGACAAUAUAAAUAGUUGUGAUAGUUCAAGCAAUUCUGCUAUAGAAACUGAGUGCACAACUGAGGUCUUAAUUCAUCCCACCAUUUCUGAUGAGGAGAUUCCAAAAGUGGGGAUGCUAUUUGGAACUCUUGAAGAAGCACGCCAAUUUUACUACAACUAUGUCAAUAAAGUGGGAUUCGAGCCUCAUAUAAGAAACACUAACUUUGACAAGAAUGGAAGGACACCCAUUAAUCAAUCCAUACAGUGCAAUAGAGAUGGAUACCGAACAAAGAAGAAUCCGGUAACCCAAAGGUCAAACACAGUCUCAUCUGUACACUGUAAAGCUCGCAUCUAUGUGAAAUUUGACACAGAGCUUAGAAAAUGGAGAUUGUCGAAGGUAGAAUUAGCUCACACGCAUCGGUGUGAUCCCAGUUUGUCAUGGAUGUUUAAGAAAAACAGAGAACUCUCCAUGCACGUUAAGGAUGUCAUUGAGCGCAACGACCAGGUUGGUAUACGACCUUCGAAGACUUUUCAGGCGCUUGCUGAAGAAGCCGGUGGUCGUUCUAAUCUGAAAUUUCUUGAGAAGAAUGUUAGAAAUUAUAUAUCUGGUAAACUCCGAAUCAAUGGAGAUGAUACUGAUGCGCAAGAGAUGCUGGACUAUUUUACCAGGAUGAAAGAGCAGAACCCGAAUUUCUUUUACGACAUUUGUGUCUAUGGUGACAAUAGUCUCAAGCAUGCAUUUUGGGCGCAUGCUCGAUCAAGAGCUGCUUACAAGUAUUUUAGUGACGUGGUGUCAUUUGACACCACAUACAAGCUCAACAAGUACGAGAUGCCAGUUGCAGCAUUUAUGGGUGUUAAUCAGCACGGACGGUCAUGUCUUUUCGGGUGUGCUUUAUUGGGGAAUGAAGAGACUGAGUUCUUUGAAUGGCUCAUGCAAACAUUUAUAAAAUGUAUGGGAAAAACACUAGAUGGAAUCUUAACUGACCAAUGCGGGGCCAUGGCAACGGCCAUUCGAAAUGUCAUGCCAAACACUAGGCAUAGAUUGUGCAUUUGGCACAUCACGAGGAAGAUACCCCAUAAACUUGGAAAGUUGAGCCGAUAUGAGGAAAUCAAAGCUACAAUGCAUGGGAUUAUUUGGGAGUCUCGUUCGCAAGAAUCAUUUGAAAGUUCAUGGUAUGACUUCAUUGAAGAGUACACCCUCCAUGACAACAACUGGCUUAAUGGUAUGAAUACACAUCCAAAACUUGAUUGGUUAGGUGCAACUGCUUCAGGUUUGAGUCAUAUGGUAUCCUCUGUUGCCACGUCCUAUCGGUUUUAUCCCAUUGUAGGGUUGACAAGGUGA